AUGCCUAGAAAAGGAAUGAGGAGUCUUUGUUUCUCCCCCAAAACCAAACUCUCUUCCUUCACCCCAUCCUCCCCUUCCCGGUUCGGGUUUUCCCCGGCCCGGCCCAGCUUCUCUGACUCGGUCAUGAACCGAACCCUCGAGAUCUCCGAGCCGAUCAUCACCAAAUGGGACCCCGAGACCACCGCCUACGCCCGGGUCACCUCCCUCUUCCACGAGAGCCGACACGAGGCCCGUGACUUUGUAAAAACCGUAAACAACCUCCUAAAGGCUAUUCACUUUGUGCCGGUCGAGACAUCGGGCUCGGGCUUCGACAAGUUGGGUCGGGCCCAGAGCCUGAUGCGGGUCGCCAUGAAGCGGCUCCAGAAAGAAUUCUACCAAAUUUUGUCCAUGAACCGUGCCCAUCUCGACCCGGAGUCAGUCUCCGCUCGGUCUUCCCGCACCUCUAUCGGCUCUGCCUCGUCAUACAACGACGACGACGAGUCGUCGGCCUCCGAAGACGACGUAACCUCCCUACUCGCCAUGUCGGACCUUCGUUUGAUAGCCGAGUGCAUGAUCUCGGCCAGCCACGCAAAAGAGUGCCUCGAAAUCUACCGAGUUAUCCGGAAAUCGAUCGUCGACGAGGGGAUUUACAAACUCGGAGUCGAGAAAUUGAGCUCGUCGCAAGUCAAUAAGUCCGACCCAGAAACGCUCGACUGGCGGGUCGAGACGUGGCUAGCCGGGGUGUCGACCGCAGUGAAGACGCUCUUCACGGGCGAGCGGAUACUCUGCGACCAUGUCUUCGCGAGCGACGACUCGCUACGCGAGUCGUGCUUCGCCGACGUCACCCGGGAAGGCGCGCAGAUCCUGUUCGCCUUCCCGGAAUGUGUGGCGAGGCACGGCGCCCCACGAGGCUUGCCGGAGAGAAUUUUUCGAUUGCUCGACAUGCACCGCGCGAUCUCCGGCCUCUUGCCGGAGAUCGAGUCAGUUUUCUCCGGCAAGCCGUCGGGCGCGGCCAGAGCACAGGCACUGGCUGCGCUCGAGCGGCUAGCAGAGUCUGCCUGUGUGGCGCUCGGGGAAUUCGAGGCGACGGUCAUCAAGGAACCGGUGAAGUUGCCGCCGGUCGCCGAAGGUGGGGUCCACGGCCUCACUAUAGACGUAACCGCCUACUUGUCGGGCCUCGCCGAAUAUGGUGGCGUGCUUUCUGAAGUACUACCGCCGGAAUCUGACUCGCCGGAGACGGCGGUCGGCCGGAAAAUGGCGUGGCUGCUCCUAAUGCUCCUAUGCAAUCUCGACGCGAAGGCCAAGCGCUACAAGGACGUGUCACUCUCCUACCUCUUUCUCGUGAACAACCUCCAAUACGUCGUCGUAAAGGCGCGUGGCUCCAAACUGGGGAACCUCCUCGGGGAGGAGUGGUUCGCUGAGCACGAGUACAAGGUAAAGCAGUUCGUUGAGAGGUACGAGCGGCUGGGAUGGGGCCACGUCAUCGACUCGAUCCCGUCGGAUCCGACGGCAGCGGACGCACCCCCAGCCAAAGUGAGGGAGAUUUUUAAGAAGUUCAACACGGCGUUUGACCAGGCGUGCAGGAAGCAGGGUGUGUUCGUCGUAGUGGAUAGCAAGCUCCGGGACCAAAUAAAAAUAUCGCUCGCGAGAAAGAUAUGCGGGCCGUAUCGCGAGUUUUACAUCGAGCACAGGGAGAAAAUGGAGAGGGAGAGAUUUUCGGCAUCAGUGGUCCGAUAUGCCCCCGAGGACGUGGGCCACCAACUGUCUGAUCUGUUUUGGGGGGACUUCGAGUCGGGAGGCCUUUUCGUCAAUUGA